AUGGACGUUUUCAAAACCAGAUUGGAGUCCUUUACUCGCCCUAAACGCGGGAAAGGAGGAACCAAAUCUCAGUCUAAUUUGAAAUGGCCUCAUCCGGAGUACUUUAUGGCGACUCCAGAGACCCUCGCAGAGGCUGGGUUCUACUUUGAUCCUAGCUCUGAAGACAAGGACAACGUUACCUGUUAUAUGUGCGGAAAAGAGCUAAGCGAGUGGGACGAAAAAGACAAUCCUUUUGAAAUUCACUUCAAGAAGUGCGGGAAGAAGUGUGCUUGGGCAAAUGUUAGGUGUGGAUUGGGCGCCGAGAUGGAUUCGGACGGACGAUUCGUAUUCACCGACAAGAAUCGGCUUCCUACUUCUAAAGCUAUGGAAAAAGCUCGAUUGGACACGUUUUUAUUCGGUGACGGUUGGAUACACGACCAGGAAAGAAAUCACGGAGCGUCAUCCAAGAAGAUGGCAAAAGCCGGAUUCGUAUACUCUCCUCAUGAUGCUCACGAUGACACCGCCGUAUGUAUAUACUGCGGUAUCUCACUCUCUGGCUGGGACGCAGACGAUGAUCCCACGUGA